AUGACUUCUCCUAUUGAGUUAUCUGCCAAAACGCGUGGACGGGUGUUGAAGACAAUGCGACCCUCAAAGAAGGCCCAUUCUGCAAGCAAUCCAGAUAUUUCUGAAGAAGAUGAACUUAUCCCGCCAGCAAAAAGACGAGCUCAUGUUGUGCCGGAAAGACCACAUCCAGCUGCAUUUGAAAGAGCACCUGGAUCGUCUACCGGAGUUGACGAGGCGAAGAUUGAAGAUGUUGUCUCGCAAAAAAUUGAUGAGGCUUUUUCUAGGAUGUUCCCUCGGUUUGUUGACGCGGUGGUUAGCGAGGUGAUUAAACGAUUAGAUGAUUAUCUAAUCGUUCGAAGCGCGCCCCGCCCCGAAUCUCACGAUUUGGAUACCGCGAAGGAUGAUUUGGGGAAGGAUGAAUGGAGGCAAGAAAGAGACCAUUCCGACGAAAAAACUGAUUUUGUAGUUGAGUCCGGUGAUCAUGGUGUUCUACGUGAGGAUGUUGUGGAUGAGAAUGAGGGUAUUGGCAAAGUUGGCCCCUCACAGGAUGUAGCUGCUAUGACUCUAGAUCCGACAAAAGGGGGUGGUUUGACGGAUGGUGAUGGUGAUGGUCGAAUAUUACGCGUUAAGUUCAAAACUAGCAAGCUUUCCUCACCAUACGUUGACUACCGGGAGAAGAAAACUGAGAAGCAAUUACAGGUGAAAUACGAAAAUUGGAAGAAGGAGAAGAAAUCUCCAAAGUUAAACGUUGGGCUAGAACCUACUUGGUAUCAAGGGCCAAAAUAUUUUAAAGCAAUUGAGGGUGUCAGGACUAUGCUUUCUAAUCAACAUAUCGAUCCGUUUUUGGACGUGCUUUCUCGGAGGUUGUACAGUGGGGUCAAAUUGAAGUCGGGAGUAUCUGCUUCAAGAAUUAACAUUCAGGAUUGCGCUCUAUUUCGCUUGUUGUCGGAUCAAUGGAAACUGCUUCAUCCCGACGAUCCUCAAUGUAGGCAGAGCUAUCCAGACGACGCAAAUUAUGAGAGAUGGAAUGUUCCUCCGGUUCUGGUCAAAUAUGUUCGUGGUAGUGCUAUUCGUUGGGGAUCUCCUUGGCAUACAAAUACCGAUGUCAUUUUAGUAUGUAAUGUUGACGAACAUUGGGUGGUGUGCCGGGUACGGUUAUUGGAUUGGGAGAUCGAGCUUUACGACUCCUUAAGCCACCUUUCAUCAUCGAAGGCGAGUAAUGACCGAGAGCUUAUGUUGACCCCUCUCCGACGACUACUUCCUACACUACUUCACCGGUCCGGUUACUUUGAAACUAUGAAUAUUCCGCCCAAGUUAGAUGCCUUAUCGAUUAAGAGAAUGCCGAGUGAAGUUCAAUUUGUUCAAGAGGAUAUCCAUAAUUGUGGUGUAUUUGCUUGCAUGUACGUUGAACGUAUGCUUGGCGAGGACAUUCCCCGGAAGCCGGACAUAAGUCUAUAUAGACGAAAAAUGGCAUUAGCAAUUUUUGGUCAUAGUAAUCCCGUGUCGAAGUAGUGUCAUCUUUUGUUGUGGCUUUUUGUUUCUAUGGCAAUUAAGCGUACUGAUUCGUUUCUGUCACUAAUUCGUUUCUAUGGCAAUUAAGCUAUUUUUUUUUUUUUUUAUUUUUUUGCUAUGGCAUUUUU